ACGUUUCAUUUUAUUGGUGUAACAGUGAAUCUACUCCGCUCUCAGAAGUGUUGAAGCUAACUUGCUAACUGGAUAAAUCGUGCCGCAAAUCUUCUCCUGAAAAAGAAAUGCAGUGCACUCUGGUGAGUAAAGAAGGUUCCUGCGUCCCACUACCGGACGGACGAGCCGUGAUUCUGGGUCGAGGUCCGGUGACCGGAGUCGCCGAUAAGAAGUGCUCCAGACACCAGGUGAAGCUGGUAGCGUGCUAUGCAGACCAGAAUGUUCUUGUGACUCAGCUGGGUCCUAACCCCUGCUCCCUGGGUGAUGAGAACCUUAUCAGGGGCCAGUCAGGGCGGCUUCCCAGGGACGGCACCCUCUUCCUGGUCCACCAGAGCCACCCCUUCCGGGUCCAGUACUCUGAUGGCUCCCCAGAACCAAGAACCAUGGGUGCCGAUAGGCUCAAGGCCACAGACAAGACCAGAGGAGGGAAGAACGAGAGCCCUGCUCCCAAACGCAGCAUCAAAGACUUCUUUGCUUCUUCUCCCAAGAAGGCAUCCAAGCGGUCACACAGCCCUGAUGAGGACCCCAGGGGGAAGCGCCAGAGGGCUACUGAGGAUGAGGAUGAGAGCCUGGCUGAAGAGAAACUCAGACAGCUACAGGAGCUGGCAGAGAGGGCCAGCAGCACCAAGCACUCAGGUUCUUCAUCAUCAUCAUCAUCAUUGUCGUCUGCAGCCUGUUCCCAGAGCCAGUGGGAACAGAUAGGCAACCUGCUGCUCUACACAGCUGCUGGAGUGAAAGGAAGAAAUAAGAUUGCAGGCUUCGACAUUGAUGGUUGCAUCAUCACUACCAAGUCAGGGAAGGUGUUUCCUACCGGCCCUGAUGACUGGAAGAUUCUGUUCCCUGAGAUCCAGCCUCGUUUGGCCAGCCUGCUGCAGAAAGGCUACAAGGUGGUGUUCUUCACUAACCAGAUGGGCAUAACCAGAGGCAAGCUGAAGCCAGAGGACUUCAAGUUUAAAGUGGAGAACAUCCUGAAAACCCUCCAGCUACCUAUACAGGUGUUUGUAGCAUCCGGUCCUGGUGUGUACAGAAAGCCUGUGACAGGGAUGUGGGAGCACCUGUCUGAGAAGGCCAACGGAGGCGUGUCUGUGGACAGGAGCCAGAGUUUGUAUGUGGGAGAUGCAGCAGGCCGGCCGGUCAACUGGGCUCCAGGGAAGAAGAAGAAAGAUUUCUCCUGCAGUGACAGACUGUUUGCUCUGAACCUCCAGCUGCAGUUCCACACUCCAGAGGAGUUCUUCCUGGGUUGGAAGAGUGCCCCCUACAGUCUGCCUGACUUUGACCCGAGGAAGUUAGACGUCAAUGCCCGCCUCUACGACCCACCCAGUGCCUCUCUCACUUCCAGCAAACAGGAAAUCAUCGUUGCUGUGGGUUACCCUGCUUCGGGAAAGUCUACAUUCUUCCACAAACACAUCGUCCCUCAGGGCUACGCCUACGCCAAUAGGGACACCCUGGGCUCCUGGCAGAGCUGUGUGUCAGCGUGUCAGCGGGCCCUGAAGGAGGGCCGGAGUGUUGUCAUUGACAACACCAACCCAGACAUUGAAUCUCGCAAACGGUAUGUGGAGGUGGCCCAGACAGCAGGGGUCUUCUGUCGCUGUUUCCUGUUCUCUGCUUCUCUGGAGCAGGCCAAGCACAACAACAGAUUCCGUGAGAUGAUGCCCUCCACUGUCAAACACGUCAAGGUCAACGACAUGGUGUUCCACAGCUAUAAGAAAAAGUUUCUUCCUCCCAGCCUGUCUGAGGGCUUCUCCGAAAUCCUGGAGAUCCACUUUGUUCCAGAAUUCGUAGACAACCAAUCAGAGUCCCUCUUCCGGCAGUUCUCAGAAGGCUAGGGGAACAGCUUCCUGUCCAGUGGGUACCAUUUGAGGCAGGUCCUGUCCAACCACAGCCCUGAGCCAGGAUAUGAAAACUGUCAUUUUGGGCGAGUUAUUUGUCAGGCAUUUGUUCAGUAACAAGUUUGUGAAAAUGGUGACCUUUACUUUGUCCAAUAAAGCUUGAUGAAACAAACAC